CUCCCUUGCCCAACAUCAACGAAUCAACGAUACAGCACUGCGGCGAUGGUGACGCAAAUUUCCACAAGGCAGUCAAAUUUCGGGACACUUCCUAAUUGACAUUCUAAUUUUUAUUUGCACUAUCUUGUGUAGAAGCCACAAGAUCAAAAGAUUUAUGAUUAUAAACUUGUAAAGUAUACAGUAAAUUAAAACAAUUAAAAUGUGAAAAAGGAACCCAAGCAUUUGAUGUUCUAGUGAGAUUUGGAUACAAAUCUGGAUUUGGACAUUUCCUUCAGCUGGGCAAGUGACGCAUCCUUCUUUAAUAAACCCUGAUCUCCAACAUCGUUAUUGAAGUCGAUUAUUCGAUUUUUUUAGCAGCUAAAAGUUGACUUCGACUUUUCAAACUAAAGGCUACUUUUAAAUCCCAAGGAUUUAUUUAAGAAUUUAAACUUGUAAUAUAAUAACUCAUGGAUUCAUGGACAAUUUAUUACAUCACAAUCGUUUCCAAUAUUGUACAACGCGAUUAAAAUAUAGACAAGGCAAGGAACUUAAGGCUGUCAAGGUCUACACAGUAGCAAACGAAUCAAAACACAUUUUAGUAUUUGGAGUACCUAAAAUUAAUCUGCAAAACGAAUUAAAACAGAAACUUCGAAAAUUUGGAGCUAUAAAACAUGUUCGUAUCGUGACUGCCGAUCUACUAAACAAAGGAUUCGAAAUAGAAUCUUUUACUGAAGUUUUUUGGGUUUGUUUUGAAAGAGUUUUCGAUGCUCGUAAAUGUAAACGCUAUAUGGAUGCCAAAUCCUUCUACGGUGGUAUACUCCACAUUUCCUAUGCUGCAGAGUACGAAACAAUCGAAGAAUUAAGAGAAAAACUGGAAUUGAGACGAACAGAAGUGGAUUAUAGGGUAAGAGCUAAUGCAGCGCAAUAUAAAUAUAUGAAGACUGGUGAAAGCAAUGUUGUACAGUAAGAGCUUUCACUUUGCCAGCAUAUGCGCUACAAGAAAUUAUUAAUAGCUUAAUUCUGAUGAUGCUUAUAAAUAAAACUUGUACUUUGUUGAACUA